AUGUUGCCCCAACUUGUCAUGAACCACCUAAGCUCCAUUGGCGAAGCUGCUUCUACAUGGAUCUCUGGAAACAACUACCUCAGCUCUGCCAGAGAAUGCCCACCUUUACCAAAGGGAGACCUCAACUAUGACAUUUACAUGGGAUACCCUGAGAUGUUUGCUUGGGACAAGAAGCGAUGCGUCGCCUACGUCAGCAACCUAUACAACGCCACAGUCAGCACUUAUGAUCCUUACAAAUCCGUUGUUCUCGAUACGAUUCACUUCCCGGGACUCAGUCAUGCUGGAAACUCAGCUAGUCCCAAUCCUCUGCAUGCCAGUGGUAUCAUCCUCAAGCCCGAUGCAUACCAAGCCGAGACUCUUGAAGUCGUCAUUGACAACGGAGAUGCUUUCUACAGUGAUGGCUUCAACGUAUCCGGACCUGAUCACCUUAUGAGCAUCGACCUGAAGAUGAAGGAGGUGACAAGCCAACUCCGUUUGAACAACGGUCUCUAUGCCGGUUACGCCGACGCCAGUCUUGGCCCUGACGGCAACACAUAUGUCCUGGGCACCUAUACAUCCAACAUCCUGCGAGUAACUCCCAACAAGGAGGUUUCCACCUUUUAUGUCGCUGAGCCGCUCGGACCUCCUCGUCUUUACGGCUUCACUGGCAUAGCUCAUGUCGGCGAUGUCAUGAUCGUUCCGGACAACAUCAUCGGCCAACUCAUCCGCUUCAACGUGAAUGAUAAGGUCGGGACACCAGUUACCAUAAAACAGACCCCAUACCACGAAUUCAAGACCGCAAAUGUCUUGCAUUUCCCGGAGCGAUACAACGACACUAUCCUUCUUGUUGCUGAGAAUAAGACUCCCGACCAUCCCUUUGGAGGCGUGGCGGUUUAUCAGGAUAAGACGAAGCAGUUUAACGAGGUUGACUUUCUGGGUUUCUUGCCUAGCCGUCUCGAAAAUGCUUUGACGACAUCUGCACGACAAAUGGCUGAUCGCAUUUACGUUGUUGCUCUUCCUACGGAUGGCGCCAAUAUCACUGUCGCUGGGGAGAGUAGCAGAUUCUUGUGGCAAGACGUUACCGAGGAUUUAGAUAAGAUCAUUUACGGCAAGGUUGAAGGGGAAUUGCGGGAGGAAAUAUAG